AUGAAGGAUGUAGGGCCAGGUGGUUGGUGGUGUAGGGGCCCAGAUGGACUGAUCCAUGGCCAUCUCACCACGGCAACCACCAAUGUCAUCAAAGAAGGAAACAGGGCUGCAGCAUUCAGUUGGAUCACUGGUUUCUUUUCCGCUUCACAUGUCGUGGGCAAUCUUCUGGCACGUUUUCUUCCUGAGAAAUACAUCUUUGUGGUUUCAAUUGCUCUCUUGAUCUUUUGUCCAGUGUAUAUGCAUUUCUUUCUAGUUGAGAGAAUUGAACCGGUUCAAAAGAGGGAGAGUGAUUCAAACUUCUUGAUUAAGAUAAUAAAUGUUAUUUGCGAAAGAUACAAAUCAAUGAGAGAUGCUGCAGUGGUAGUGUUUAGGAGCCCUACACUUAGAGGCAUUUCAUUUGUUUCCUUCUUCUAUGAAUUGGGAAUGUCUGGCAUCAGCUCAGUUUUACUUUUCUAUCUGAAGGCAGUGUUUGGUUUUAACAAGAAUCAAUAUUCAGAAAUUCUGUCAGUGGUAGGAAUUGGUUCAAUCUUUUCUCAGGUUCCAUACUUGAGUGCCUCAUUUGGAGCUGUUUACGUACUCGUAAAGCCCGCUACUUAUGCUGUUAUUUCCAAAGGGUCAAGCUCAACGAAUCAGAAGCAGCUUUGCUGUGCAUCUUUUCUUAGAUUUAGGCUCAAGCUAGAGUUCGCCGGAAAAGCACAGGGAUUUGUUGCCGGUGUCCAAUCAAUAGCAAGUUUAUUAUCCCCUCUUGCAAUGAGUCCAUUGACUUCAUGGUUCCUAUCUAGUGAUGCACCUUUCAACUGUAAAGGUUUCAGCAUUAUGGUUGCUUCUGUAAGCAUGGUGAUUGCUUUAUGCUUUGCUUGCCUGCUUAACCAGGGCGAAAAGUUGAGUCAUGACCCGGAGCAAGAAGUAGAAGCACCACUUUUACGUGAAAGUUAA